AUGAGUUUUUCCAGCGACGAGGUGAACUUCCUGGUUUACCGAUACCUGCAGGAGUCGGGCUUCCUGCACUCCGCCUACGUGUUCGGCAUUGAGUCGAACGUAGCGCGGACCAACAUCAAUGGAAGCCUGGUGCCGCCGGCUGCCCUGCUAACCAUCCUCCAGAAGGGCCUCCUCUACACAGAGGUGGAGUGGAGUGUGGGCACGGACGGAGAGGUGGGGCGUCUCAUUGAAGGCCUUUCCCUGAUUGAUGCUGUGAUGCCGGAUUCUAAAGGGCCCAAGGCGACGGGGAGCACCAGCACCGCAGAGUCCACCCCGGAGGGCGGUUCCAGGGGAAGUGCCGCAUCCCCUAGCGGCUCCAGAGGCAACAAAAAUCCACAAGCCAGUGAGUCGAGCAAUGCGAAUGCAACUAGCAUAGACGACUCCAUCCCGUCCACAUCCAAAAAAGCCGUCGCGGUCUCGACUUUCUAUCCAAAAAAGCCGGGAAAACCCAGCAUAGUCGCGGCGUACACAGCCCCAGACCACAGCCCAGCUUCGAGUGAGACCGACUUUUCUGCGGGCGGCAGUCCUGUGCCCGUCGAGCCAAUGGAGAUAGUCGGGAGCGUUGAGAUUCCGGAGUCCGAAGUGUGCGCUCUGCGCGGCCACGAGGGCGAGGUGUUCAUCUGCGCCUGGAAUCCCAACCGGGACCUGCUGGCCAGUGGCUCGGGCGAUAGCACUGCCCGCAUCUGGAACAUGACCGGAUCGAAAGCCCACUCCAGUCAGCUGGUGCUGAGGCACUGUAUAGAGACAGACGGGCCGCAGUUUACGGGUAACAAGGAUGUCACAUCCCUGGACUGGAAUUGCGACGGUUCGAUGUUGGCUACAGGCAGCUAUGAUGGCUAUGCGCGCAUCUGGAAGACAGAUGGAAGCCUGACAUUGACGCUGGGUCAGCACAAGGGGCCGAUCUUCGCACUCAAGUGGAACAAAUACGGGAAUUACAUUGUCUCCGCCGGAGUGGACAAGACGACGAUCAUCUGGGAUGCGAGCACGGGCAAGUGCACGCAACAAUUCGCCUUUCACAGUGCCCCGGCCCUGGACGUCGACUGGCAGACGAGUCAGGCCUUUGCCUCUUGCAGUACAGAUCAGAGGAUAUUCGUGUGUCGGCUGGGUGAGACAGAGCCGCUCAAAACUUUCUGUGGGCACACCAACGAGGUGAACGCCAUCAAGUGGUGCCCGCAGGGCCUGCUGCUGGCCUCCUGCUCGGAUGACUUGACUCUGAAGAUCUGGACCAUGAAUCGGGAUCGGUGCUGCCAGGACCUGUUGGCCCAUUCCAAGGAGAUAUACACUAUCAAGUGGUCACCCACAGGGCCGAGCACGAACAAUCCCAACAUGAACCUUGUACUCGCGUCGGCCUCCUUCGACUCCACGGUUCGCCUGUGGGACGUGGAGCGCGGAAGCUGCAUAUACACGCUGAGCAAGCACACGGAGCCCGUCUACUCCGUGGCCUUCAGUCCCGACGGCAAGCACCUUGCCUCGGGCAGCUUCGACAAGUGCGUGCACAUCUGGAGCACCCAGACUGGAGAGCUGGUGCAUAGCUACAAGGGCACCGGCGGGAUCUUCGAGGUCUGCUGGAACUCCGAUGGCAGCAAGGUGGGCGCCAGUGCCUCGGACGGCGACAUAUUUGUCCUGGAUCUGCGCAAGUUAUGAUCCCUGGUCACGCCCAGCAGUUUCCUCAAGUUUUUUCUACUAAGUCCCGUUUCCAUGCAACAUUUAAGGUAAUACCUUAAGAUGCAGACAUUCUAAGAAACCCGAAACAAAAAAACCAAUUUAA